CGCCGUGCGAGUCACGCAAUCCGCUUCCGGACUUGGCUCUUUUACAUCGCUGACAACUCGGCAACAUGUCGCUCGUCAUUCCAGAGAAGUUCCAGCACAUUCUUCGUGUCAUGGGCACGAACAUUGACGGUAAUAGGAAAGUCAUGUUUGCCAUGACCGCAAUCAAGGGUGUUGGUCGUCGUUAUGCCAACAUAGUUCUCAAGAAGGCUGACAUCGAUCUGGACAAACGUGCCGGAGAAUGCUCAGAAGAAGAGGUUGAAAAAAUCGUGACCAUCAUGGCCAAUCCCAGGCAGUACAAAAUCCCUGACUGGUUCCUCAACAGACAAAAGGAUAUUGUCGAUGGAAAAUACUCGCAGUUGACGAGUUCGAAUUUGGACUCGAAACUUCGUGAAGAUCUUGAAAGGAUGAAGAAGAUCCGCGCUCACAGAGGUCUUCGUCACUACUGGGGUCUGCGUGUGAGAGGUCAGCACACCAAGACCACCGGACGUCGUGGACGUACCGUUGGUGUGUCUAAGAAGAAGUAAAUUUUUGUUCUUCUUUGUAUUAUCAAUAAAAUAUGAAUAAGAAAAUCGAAA